UAUAUGGUGUCUUCCUCUUUUUGAAAGCAUAUGUUAUGUAUCUAUACCUCUAUGUAUAGACACACGCAGAUACACAGAGUGCUUGUUGCUCACUAGUAUAGGAACCAGCUGGGAAGGGUGCCGAAACUUUUCUUUGUGGAGUUCUUCCCUGCCCCCCAAAGACUAAUAAUACUUUGGGCAAUUUUGCUUUCUAGUUAGUGUUUUCCUCCCAAUUAAAAAGAAAGAGGUCACCCCAGAGAUGAGAAAACAAUUCCACAGCAGGCAGCGGGUUGGCCCCGGGUCGCACAGGUCCUGCAGGAGGAGCGGGUUGUGGGUGUGGGCUCGGAUGAUAUUGAAGCCAGCCUGCUGCAUGGAGGCCCCUGCUCCUGGCUUGUUUUCCCUCCACAGGCUGGCUCUGUGGGCUGCGUUCCUGGUCCUCUCUGCUCGCCAUCUGUUGAGGAAGCUGCGUUGGGCUGUUCGCGGUGCCUCCCCCCACGUCUAAUUUAACGAGCCACCCUUCUCUCAAUAGGCAUCCCCUUUAUUUCCAGGGGUCAGCCUCCUGAUGAAACCCCUUUGCGGGAGACAGAUGGUCCUGACAAGCAGAUUAGUUGCGCGUUGGGAGGCGAGAAGGUACUAGGAGGGAGCGUGCAACAGUGAAGAGUGGGUGGCCUCAGAAUAGAAAUUCAUGAAGCAUCCAGGAAGGUAAUUUUAAACACUGCUCCUCUCGAGGCUGUGGUUUGGGGGUGAACCAAGCUGAAGAAGCUGGCCCGGCACACGUCAGAAAGGCUUCCUUCCCUGUCCGUCUGGGGAGGGAGGGGUCUGCUUAGCUCCCCUUUGCGUUGCUCUGAACUCUGUGCACAGCUAUGCCUGCUUGUUCCUGUGCUGGCUUAGACCUCUAGGAACUGUCGGGGGUCCGUUAGCAAGGUCAUUCUCCAGAGCCAGUAGACCUGAGCUCAAGUGCCAGCCAUGUCUCUGACCCAUCAUGUGACCUUGGACAAGCCACUUCCCCUCCUUUGGGCUGAGCUUCUAACACUCCUAAAUCAGGGGAUCAGAUGAGGCGAGUCCUCCUGUCUCUCACAGCUCUAGAACAUUCUGUGAGUAAUAUGCCCAUAUAUGCUGCUUGCAGGGAGAGAGUUGUGAGCUGGACAAAAGGCCCCAGAAGUGGAGGCACUGUGCUUUAGGGCUGGCCGUCUACCACCGGGCGUACCUGAGUGUGGGUCCUGCUCUCCUCUCACCAGCCUGGAGUCGGGAGGAGGUGGCGCCCGUUUUGAGCCUGAAUUCCCACCCGUAAAAUGGGGCUAACCCAACUUGCCUUGCAGGAUGAUGAGGAUUUGUGAAAAUAGGGUAAAAUUCCUGGCACAUGGUGGGUGCUCAUUAAACCAUAUUAUACACUUAGUUGUCGGCAUUCCCACCCCUGCUUUUUGCUUUAGCUGGAAAACGUGUUCCACGUUGGCAGGGAAAUGGGCAUUAUCUCGCUUUAUGGAUGCCACUUCAUAGAAAGCAUUGGCGCUGGGCCUUAACAAACCUUUCCCAAAGCAACGUGUGUUCCUUCGUCAUGUCAUUCUGAUUCUGGUUAACAUCCAUCCAUCAUUUACAGCGUGCCACGCAGGUGAUAACUCUAAUCUCCUUUAAUCUUCGUGAAACCCUGUGAAGUGAUAGGGACUAUUGUCUCCACUUUAUAAAUUAAGAAAUCGAGGCUCUGGGAAGUGAAGUGAGGUGCCCAAGGUCACACAGUCAGUAAAUGGUAAAGCCACGACUGUGUCACCUCUUUCAGGUCUUCUACUCUUCGUCCUUCCUCAUGAAUGUGUGCUUUUCAGAACAGGGGGGUGCCUUAGAGGACCAAGAAAAGCUGCGAAACACUUGAAUCAGACAGGAAAUCACACACUUGAAUUCCUUAACAUGGUAGAUUUUCCAAGUCAGAGAUAUUCGCGAUCGGCCCCAUACAGUGCUGUGGCUUGGCAGACCCUGCGAGGUGCUGGAGGCCCCUCGCCCUAUGGGCCACGUGAUUCAGCUUUGUCUUGUUUAUUGCAAGUGACCUUGAGUUACCUAAAACUCAGCGAAAUGUGUUCUUAAUUUGCCCUUUUAACAAUGCUGAUUUCUCCCCUGGAACUGAGAUUUAAAUACCCCUUCCUUCUGUGUUGUCACUCAUUUAAAAAGCAGCAUCCUAAGAAACCCCAACCCUGAACCCUCGUAAUUGCGGGGUAGGGUGGAGAGGGAGGGGUACUGGAUAGGAAGUCAUGCCCUCGCUCCUGGCAGCGUUCUAGGUUGCUCUGGUUAGAAUCGGGAGCUGGGCUGAAGACUUGCCUGCUGCCGGCCGGUUACAAAGCGAAACAGCGCCUGCGUUAGCCAAGAGGCUCGGCUGUCGAGGGUGCUGCCUUCAGUUUGGGGCGUCUGAGGCUCCCAGUCGGCGGUGUGAUCAGCUGGGCUCUCACGGCCUCUUCCUCUGUCCGGCUGGAGAACAGCUGGGGGGCUCCUGAGGUGGCUUGCUUUCGUCCCCACCACUUGGGCAGCUGCCGUCCAUGUCGGCCUUUGAUGUCUGCCGGGGGUUUGGAGCAGAGAGAGGCCUGGAAAUGCUCGUGGGUCAUAGUGAACUGGAGACAGGCUCCUUCUCCCCCCUCCUCUGUCUCACAGCAGGGAAAAAAGUACAAAGAGCUUCCAGGAACAACUAGGGAUUUUUUUUAAGGCUCUUACACAAAGACUUGAACUUUGAGAGUGAAAUUGCCGUGGGGUUUCGUGCAGCGGAGUAUGUAAGAUUACGCCUGGGGAGGCGGGCGUGUGCUCGGAUGAGAGCUGUGGGCAGUGCGUUUCGCCUGGCAGUCCACGCAGGUGAGCACUGUGGGCUGUCAGAAGGGAGGAGGAAAGACGACAGCAGGUGGCAGUAAUUUGGAAGCUUGCCUCUGAGUGAGGUUAACCAGAAUGGAUCUGUCCCAAGCGUUAAAAAAGCAAGUGAAAGGGACAGAUCUCCUGUGCCUGGGGUCACAUGCCUAGUCAGUGCCUUAAUUGGACCCAGGAUAUGGGCCCCCUGACUUGCCACCAGUCCCCCAGGCUGCCUUUACAGGGUUAAUGUUUUCUUAGAGAUCAUUUGAGGGACCGAUAUUUUGGAUUCCAGAGACAUGAAUGAACAGGUGUUUUCAUUUACAUUUAAAAGCAAUAAAGAACAGGAAGGAGAUUUCUGGUAUUUGCCCUAUUUUAAAACCGACUGGAUAAAAAAGAAAAAUCUCGGUGGAGCUGUUUCCCUCUCCAUCUUGAUGUCCUGAUAAUGCAGGCUCCUUCUCUGAGAGGGCCAUUGGGCGGCGUCCCUUCCAAGUCUUCCAGGAAGCUGAUUUUUGGACACUGGCCACCUACUCAACGUGGCCUGCUGGGUGGCUCCCACGCCUGGGAGGCGGCCCUGGCAGUGUCCCUGGGCCCAGCCCAUGAGCAGGUGUGUCCCAAGUGAUCCUGCUCUGACUCCGACGCUGGGGAGACAGAGGGAAGGGGCUCCUGGGCGGUACAGGUCCCCAGUGGGCCAAGCGGGCGAAGCUGGUCCGGUACAUUUGCAAGCAGCGGCAGUGCAAGCUGAGCGUGGCUCCUGGCGAGAGGACCUCGGAGCUCAACAGCUACCCUCGCUUCAGUGACUGGCUUUAUACCUUCAACGUGAGGCCGGAGGUGGUGCAGGAGAUCCUCGGCGAGCUCACCCUGGACGCCCUGCUGGACAUGAAUGAGGCCAAGGUGAAGGAGGCGCUGCGGCGCUGCGGGGCCAGUGCCAAGGACUGCGGCCGCCUGCAGUACGGCCUCGCCUGCCUGCGCAAGGGAGGGGAACACAAAGAGGACUCGGGCUGGAGUUCAUCAGAUGCCCGGCGGGAAAGUGGCUCAGGGCCUUCCGCGGACACCCUCUCGCCAGCCAGCCUGCCCUGGCCCCCGGGGAGUGCCCAGCUGGGCAGAAUGGGCACCAGUGCCCAGGGCCCGCGCUCCGUCUCCGUUUCAGCUCUGCCCACCUCGGACUCCCCAACCCCUGGCCCUAGUGAGGGCCUUUCGGACACCUGUAUCCCCCUGCACACCAGCGGCCGGCUGACCCCCCGUGCCCUGCAUAGCUUCAUCACCCCCCCGACCACGCCCCAGCUUCGCCGGCACACCAAGCUGAAGCCGCCGAGGACGCCGCCCCCACCCAGCCGGAAGGUCUUCCAGCUGCUGCCCAGCUUCCCCACGCUCACCCGGAGCAAGUCCCAUGAGUCUCAGCUGGGGAACCGCAUUGAUGAGGUCUCCCCGAUGAGGUUCGAUCUCCCACAUGGAUCGCCACAGAUGGUACGAAGGGACAUUGGGCUGCCGGUGACGCACAGGUUCUCCACCAAGUCCUGGCUGUCGCAGGUCUGCCACGUGUGCCAGAAGAGCAUGAUGUUUGGAGUGAAGUGCAAGCAUUGCAGGUUGAAGUGUCACAACAAGUGUACGAAAGAAGCCCCCGCCUGUCGGAUUUCCUUCCUGCCACUCCCCAGGCUUCGGAGGACAGAAUCUGUCCCCUCGGACAUCAACAACCCGGUGGACAGAGCCGCCGAACCCCAUUUCGGAACCCUCCCCAAAGCACUGACAAAGAAGGAGCACCCUCCGGCCAUGAACCACCUGGACUCCAGCAGCAACCCGUCCUCCACCACGUCCUCCACGCCCUCUUCGCCGGCGCCCUUCCCGACAUCAUCCAACCCAUCCAGUGCCACCACGCCCCCCAACCCCUCACCCGGCCAGCGGGACAGCAGGUUCAACUUCCCAGCUGCCUACUUCAUUCAUCAUAGACAGCAGUUUAUCUUCCCAGACAUUUCAGCAUCUCCACAGGCAGCCCCGUCCCCUGACGCAGCGGACAGCACCCGGCUCGACGACCAGCCAAAAGCAGACGUGUUGGAGGAUCAUGAAGUGGAGGCUGAGGAGCCGGAGGCCGGCAAGUCAGAGGCAGAAGAUGACGAGGAUGAGCUGGACGACUUGCCAAGUUCUCGCCGGCCAUGGCGGGGCCCCAUCUCUCGCAAGGCCAGCCAGACCAGUGUGUACCUGCAGGAGUGGGACAUCCCCUUCGAGCAGGUGGAGCUGGGCGAGCCCAUUGGGCAGGGUCGCUGGGGCCGGGUACACCGAGGCCGCUGGCAUGGCGAGGUGGCCAUCCGCCUGUUGGAGAUGGAUGGCCACAACCAGGACCACCUGAAGCUGUUUAAGAAAGAGGUGAUGAACUACCGGCAGACGCGGCAUGAGAACGUGGUGCUCUUCAUGGGGGCCUGCAUGAACCCGCCCCACUUGGCCAUCAUCACCAGCUUCUGCAAGGGGCGGACGUUGUACUCGUUUGUGAGGGACCCCAAGACGUCUCUGGACAUCAACAAGACGAGGCAGAUCGCUCAGGAGAUCAUCAAGGGCAUGGGGUAUCUACAUGCCAAGGGCAUCGUGCACAAAGAUCUCAAGUCCAAGAACGUCUUCUACGACAAUGGCAAAGUGGUCAUCACAGACUUCGGGCUGUUCGGGAUCUCGGGCGUGGUCCGAGAAGGACGGCGUGAGAACCAGCUGAAGCUGUCACAUGACUGGCUGUGCUACCUGGCCCCUGAGAUCGUGCGCGAGAUGACGCCCGGGAAAGACGAGGAUCAGCUGCCAUUUUCCAAAGCUGCUGACGUCUAUGCAUUUGGGACUGUUUGGUAUGAGCUGCAAGCAAGAGACUGGCCCUUUAAGAACCAAGCGGCAGAGGCCUUGAUCUGGCAGAUUGGCAGUGGAGAGGGAAUGAAGCGUGUCCUGGCCUCCGUCAGCCUGGGGAAGGAAGUCACCGAGAUCCUGUCUGCCUGCUGGGCUUUCGACCUGCAGGAGAGGCCCAGCUUCACCCAGCUGAUGGACAUGCUGGAGAGACUGCCCAAGCUCAACCGGCGGCUCUCCCACCCUGGACACUUCUGGAAAUCUGCUGAGCGCUGGCGGAGCCGCUGCUACGGGAAAGGACGUUACGGUCACCUUGACUUUAAGAACUAUCCAGUUCUGGAGGAAUACAUUAACAGCAGCAAAGUUGUACCCCGGUUUGAAAGGUUUGGCUUGGGCGUCCUGGAGGCCAGUAAUCCAAAGAUGUAGCCAGAUGGUGCAGUUUUUCUGCCGAUGUCUUUCUUAAAUGUGUUUCUAAAACAUCCAAAAACCACCACCACAACAAAAAAACAACAUUCUUCGAAACGUCAGCCAUCCUUCUAAGUGCUGCAGACCAGGAGCACUGGGUCCUUCAUUCAGACUAUUUGUCCACGGAAACACUCAGGUCCCGGAGAUGGAGCUGCACCUGCUGUUUCUUAAAGUGACAUCACCAACAACCAGACCUGUCCUGACAGGCAGCGAAUGUUUACAUGUGUAUUUCUGCGGAGUGAGCUCGAUGUUUUACGAUAGGUAAUAAGAACGUUCUGUGCCGAGGUGCACUGGCACCGUCGGCCAGGGUGGCAGAAGUGGCUGUCCCUUCUGGAAGACCCUGUAGGCAGUGAGGAGCUCACGCUGGGCCAGAAGGAAGAAAAGCAUCCUGAUUGUGGCUGCUCUCGGGGAGGAUGGGAGGACUACAAGGUUUGACCCGGCCUCUGCUUUGGCCCCAAACCCUGUUAGUAGGGAAUCUCCCUCUGUAGGGUGCGCCCCUUGUCCUAUCAAGGGACACUAUACUUUCCUCCUCUUGACAAGGAAACCCUGGCUAGGAACAGAGCUGGAUUAUGAGCAUCGGGAGUUCCCUCUUGGGUUCUUUGGGAACCCAGGCUCCCAGAGAGCUUGGUUUCACCUCUGACCCCUGCAGUCCAGCCCAUACCUGCUGCAAAAGUAGAUGCCAAUAAAAUCCAAAUAACAUCUGUACCGAUCCAGUGGUUCCUAGUCAGGGUUCCCACUGCCUGGAGAGACGUUUCCUGCAUGAAGCCCCCAGGAAGGCACCAAGGGCUUGGGACUCGGGGCCUUGGCUUUUUAGACACAUCCCAGCCCCUGACUGACAUUUCACAGCAACUGUGUAUACCGUGAAUGCUUGAUUGGUGAGAACAAGGAAGGCAUGAGGAGGGAGAAGUAGCAGGCAGCGAGUCCCUGCGCCCACCUUCCCAGCCACAGGGUGACCUGGCCCUUGAGGUUCCCAUCCUCAGUCAUGCCAAGGUUUUGGAACUGCCCACCUCUUCCACUCCCCCAGUCCUAUUGGAACCCCUUAGCCCACUCUGCCACUAUCCGUGUUCCGUGCUCUUAGCUGAGAUGGGAGGCAUGGGUCCCCCACCCCAUUUGUUUAGAUGCACCUAGCCAGCCCACCGAUCUUCAGAGCCUUCCCAAGCACCAAGUUAGGCCUUCUACUUGUGUACGUUUGCACCAGGAGGGGCUAGACCAGGAAAGUCCAUGAUGAGAGCAUGUCAUGUCCUGCCUGUCUUCAGUAGAAGCUGUCGCCUAAAGAGAAAAGUUCCAAAUGGCAAAGCAGCCCUUUGGUGGACGUUGUCAUUAUUAGGCUGCAAACCCAGAAGUGAUAAAGGGUGAUGAGAAUGGAGAUAUGGGUUGGGUUCAGACCCAGAACCUCUGUCUGUGCUCUGAGCUAAGAUGGGAAAGCAUGUGGCCCUCCCACCCCUUUCAGUUCACUCCACCUAGCAAAGCCCCCAGUCUUCAGAGCCUUCCCUGGAGUCUGGCCAAAGCUCCUCUGCCUAGAAGCUGUGGGACCGCCUUCCCGUCUCCAGGCCAGGGACCCCUUGGCCAACUCCUGCUUGGAGAGAGAGCUUUGAGCAGCCAGCGCAAGGUACCCAGGCCUCCUGCUGCCCGUUGGCACCUUAACCCUUUGCAGUCAGGCUGUGGGGGGAAGACAGGAGCUGUACACCAGCUGGAUCUUUUCUCCUCUGCGGGACUAAUUGGCUCCAUCAUCCCUUUGGUCUCCCUCUGAGUCCUCUAUGGGAUCUCUCCGACCCAAAGCCACAUGGUGUGUGACCUCUGCCUCUGGCUAAGUCAGGCUCCUGCCCAGAUGCCCGUGCCUUCCCAGAGGUCACAGCUUGUGCAUGUUGGGGCCCUUCACCUUUCCCCUCUGAACCCAUGGACAUGCCGAUGAGCCCAGGGGUUGCACGGCAGCCGAGCAAGUCGGGCUCAACCCCUCCCUGGCCCCAACUCACAGCCAAAGGAAAGUCAUCUGGGUUUUGUUUUUCUUAUGUCACGCACUGGUCAGUUCAAGCAGCUUUCGUCGAACACCGGCAUGUCUUGUGCAAGUGCUGGGGGCCUGGCAAUGGGAGCAGUCACGGUCCCCACUCUUAAGGAGCUGAUGUUCUAACGGAGGAGACUUGAUGUCUGCCAGGAACCCCGAGGGUGGAGCUGAAGGACUGGGGGACACCAUCCUUUCUCUCCAGGCCCUGGUAGCCUCCUGACUCUUGCCCUGAGCCUCGGUACUGCCUGUCACAUAAGAGAAACGCCUGAGGAAAGUCCCCCACAUGGUCCUCUUCUCCUUCCCUCUGUCUGAGUGACUGUGAAUUGAGGUUAGGACCUGCUUGCCCUUCCUUCCAUGUGCUCUCCCCGUCUGCCCUGGAAACACAUGAAGGACGGCAGAUACUGUGAAUUCAGCCCUCACAGCCCACUGUGAAGGGGAUGGAUAAGCUGGGAGGGCCCCUGGUGAGAGAUCUGGGGGCUGUGGAGGUCCCCACUGGGGCCUGAGAGUGGACCCAAGCCUUGGUCCUUCAGGGCCCCCCAGUUCCCAGCCUCACCUCCAAAGCUCUAGGGUCUGUGUCGCUGCUGCCUGUAGCCCACUGAUCCACAGCCCCCUGGUCUCCAUCCAACUCAAGGUCUCCAGUCCUAGCGAGUUCCCAGUUAGUUGUGAGCAAUGUUUUGCAAAGUUGACCUCUCCGUGUCACCAAACGAAAGAUGUGUGUGGGGCCCUGCAAUCCCUCUGCCCUCCCAUGGCAUUUCUUGUGAUGACAGAGGGGAGGGGCGCGCCCCGUAUGCCUGUGCUGGUGGUCUGUAUUGAUUUGGGGGGCGGGUGGAGACGUAAAUGUGAAGCCGAUUAGGGAGCUAGUGCGAUGCUGCAUCGUUAGCCAGGACUUCAUCAGUGUGUGCAAACCCAGCGUCUUCUGUGGCCACGAGACACACACUUGCUUUUUUGAAUGUGAUGUAAAAUUUGUACAGUAAAAGUUUUUAUAUUUUCUAUUAAUUGCAUUUGUCUUCCAGAAAUGCUAUUAAUUUAAAUUAAAAUGGUUAGUAUUAACGAA